AACAUGGCUGCUGUGUCUACUCUCUCAAGUCUCGCUCAGAUUGGAGUCUGACUGGCAUUCUGCCUUUCCAGUGCCUCUAAACUGUAACUGUUCAUGAUUGUGGAUCGGAUGCAAUCACGUUUUCGGCGCAUUUCCCGUGCGCCCUGGCUCGCAUCCAUUGGAAUAACCUUCACCAAGUCUGCCAUACACUCCCACUAUCGGGCCUUUUUCACCCCCAAAAACAACUCAGUCAUCAACAGUCUGCGAUGCAAUGGUCUGAGUUUGUGCAUUAGAUUUCCCCCUUUUUAUGAACAAUGUGUGAAAACUGCGCCGAGUUGGUGGAGGUUCUAAAUGAAAUUUCCGACGCGGACAGCAGUGAAGGAGGGUUCCAGUUGAAGAAGGAACAUGCUUUACGAGUUCUGGGCUACAUCAGCUCCUGGACUCAAAGACAAUGUUUGUGCUGUUUCAAAGAGUACAAGCACUUGGAGGUGUUUAAUCAGCUGGUGUACGCGCUCAUAAACCUGGUGAUAGCCCAGAUCAGCACCCUCCGGGAUAGGCUCUGCUCCUUCGGCGGUCCCCCUGCUCCCAAAGCUCCGGGCUGGGCUACGGGAGGCUCGGUGUCCCCCCCUCGGCCCUCUUCUCCGGGAGAAGACGAACAUGUCAACGUGGAGAGGGACUCGGCUGAAGAGGAUGAACCGAGUGCACAGGAAAAAGUUAUUGACAAGCCCCAAUCACACCAGGGGCAGGAUCGGCCCUCUGAAGCCCAGGCGGAGGUGCUGGAUGCUGUGGAGAGCUCGUCUAAGGCUGGGGCUGAGGCUGGAGGUUCAGAUGGAGACGCGGUGGAGCUAUUUAGUAGCUGGAGCACAGAGGAGAGAGAGAAGCUGCUUCUGUGCGCCGCCAAAAUCUUUCAAAUCCAGUUUCCUCUUUACACAGCCUAUAAACACAACACACAUCCCACUAUAGAGGACAUUUCUGCUCAUGAAAGCAACAUCCUCGGCUCCUUUUGUGACAUGAAUGACGUGGAGGUGCCUCUUCACCUGCUGCGGUAUGUGUGCCUAUUCUGUGGUAAACACGGCCUCUCUCUGAUGAAAGACUGUUUUGAGUUUGGGACUCCGGAGACGCUACCCUUCCCCAUCGCACAUGCCUUCAUCACCAUCGUGUCCAACAUCAGAAUAUGGCUGCACAUUCCCGCCGUGAUGCAGCACAUAAUCCCCUUUCGCACCUACGUCAUCAGAUACCUGUGUAAGCUGUCAGACCAGGAGCUCAGACAGAGUGCAGCUCGUAACAUGGCCGACCUCAUGUGGAGCACAGUGAAGGAGCCUCUGGAUGCGGCGCUGUGCUUCGACAAAGAAAGCCUCGACCUGGCCUUCAAAUACUUCAUGUCCCCUACUCUCACCAUGAGGCUGGCCGGGCUCAGCCAGAUAACUAACCAGCUUCACACUUUCAAUGACGUCUGUAACAAUGAGUCUCUGGUCUCUGACACUGAAACGUCGAUAGCCAAAGAGCUUGCUGAUUGGCUGAUUCACAAUAAUGUAAUCGAACACAUUUUUGGACCAAAUUUGCACAUUGAGAUCAUUAAGCAGUGCCAGGUGAUCCUGAACUUCUUGGCUGCAGAGGGUCGUCUGAGCACUCAACACGUGGACUGUAUCUGGGCCGCAGCACAGUUGAAGCACUGCAGCCGUUACAUCCACGACCUGUUUCCAUCUCUCAUCAAAAACCUGGACCCAGUUCCUCUUAGACACGUCCUAAACCUGGUCUCUGGUCUGCACCCCAGUGCUCACACCGAACAGACCCUGUACCUGGCCUCCAUGUUGAUCAAGGCUCUGUGGAAUAACGCUUUGGCAGCAAAAGCUCAGCUCUCCAAACAGAGCUCUUUCGCCUCUCUGCUCAACACCAGCCUCCCCAUGAACAAGAAAGGGUCCCCCGCUGCCAGUCCAGACAGCAGUGAUAACAGUGACACUCAACACAGUGGAGGGUCCGACAUCGAGAUGGACGACCCAGUGAUGAGCAGCAAACGCUCCCAGCAGAGACUGUCAGACACAGAGGAGUCGAUGCAGGGCAGCUCAGAUGAGACGGCGAACAGCGUGGAGGAGGGCAGCAGCAGUGGCCGGAGCGAAGCGUCCAGUAAUGAAGCAGCAUCGAGCAGAGCCAGCCAAUCAGCAGCCAGCCCAGGGAGCGACAUCCAGUCAGACGACAUGAACGACUCCGAGGCUUUGAAGGAGGAAGAGGAGGAGGAGGAUGAGGAAGAGUGUACAACAGAAACGGCAAAAGACCAGACCAGGGACCAGACAGAGUCCAGGAAGAGGAAGGCAGGCGAAGCUUUGGGCGAGGAAGCACAGUCUAAUACACCAGGGGGCGGGGGCAAAGCUAAGCCCCUCCCCUUCAGCUCAGAGGCAUCUGGCACAAUGGUGACGUCAUCGAGUCUGGAGGGGAGGAUGCGGUUGUUAGAGCAGCAGUGUAGCACCUCCACCACGGGGCGGACGGAGGGCCCAGAGUCACAGCAGAACGUACCCGACGUUGGAGCCUCUCCUCUGGGGCAGGGACCACAAGAGCCCUCCUGUCUGCCCAGGCCGGCAGACUUCCUGGGAGAGGCCAUGAGCAGCGAGAUCUUCAACUGUAGGAGGUUCAUCGGGCCUCAGCAUCAUCAUCAUCACCACCAUCACGAAGGUGCGAUGGUGGAGGACAUGUUGAGUGCCGAUGACGUCAGCUGCAGCAGUUCUCAGGUCAGUGCCAAAUCAGAGAAAAACAUGGCGGACUUUGAUGGAGAGGAGUCAGGCUGCGAAGAGGAGCUAGUCCAAAUCAACUCUCAUGCUGAACUGAGCUCUCACCUCCAACAGCACCUGCCCAACCUGGCCUCCAUCUAUCAUGAACACCUGGUGCAAGGUCCGGCGGUCCAUAAACAUCAGUACUCGAGUCAUGCGGUCACAGACAUAAACUUGGACAAUGUUUGUAAGAAAGGCAACACUCUGCUGUGGGACCUGGUGCAAGACGAGGAUGCGAUCCAUUUGUCAGAGGGCCUCAUAAACGAAGCCGAGAAACUGCUGUGUUCGCUGGUUUGUUGGUUCACAGACCGACAGAUCCGAAUGCGCUUCAUCGAGGGCUGCCUGGACAACCUUGCACACCACCGGUCUGUGGUGGUGUCUCUGCGUUUGCUCCCAAAACUUUUCGGCACUUUUCAGCAGUUCGGCUCCAGCUACGACACUCACUGGAUCACUAUGUGGGCGGAGAAGGAGCUGCACAUGAUGAGGCUGUUCUUUGAUGAUCUGCAACAUUACAUCCAGGAGGUCAGGGAGCAGAGACACAAGUUUGCACUGUACAGCCACAGCGCGGAGGUCCAGGUCCGACUACAGUUUCUCACCUGUGUCUUCUCCACUCUGGGCUCUCCGGACCACUUCAGGCUGAGUCUGGAGCAGGUAGACAUCUUGUGGCACUGUUUGGUGGAGGACUCUGAAUGUUACGACGACGCACUGCACUGGUUUUUGAACCAGGUCCGGUCCAAAGACCAACACGCAAUGGGCAUGGAGACCUACAAGCAUCUGUUCCUUGAGAAGAUGCCACAGCUUAAGCCAGAGACCAUCUCGAUGACUGGACUGAACCUGUUUCAACACUUGUGUAAUCUUGCUCGGCUUGCCACCAGCGCUUUGGACAACGCUGCCAGCUGUGAGUUGUGUGGCAUGGAUCAGUUGUGGGGCAUCGCUCUCAGGGCUCAGUCUGCAGACAUCAGCCGUGCAGCCAUCCAGUACAUCAACUCCUACUACAUCAACGCAGGCAAAACAGGUCUGGAGAAGGAGCAGGAGUUCAUCAGGAAGUGCAUGGAGAGUUUGCUUAUGGCCUCAGCCAAUCUAGAGAAAGACGCUCACUCCAGUCUGACCAGCAUCGAGAGGGGGCUGCUCAUGUUAAAGACUCACCUGGAGGCCUUCAGACGCAGGUUUGCGUACCACCUCCGUCAGUGGCAGAUCGAGGGCACUGGGAUCAGCAGUCACCUCAAAGCUCUGAGUGAUAAACAGUCUCUGCCUCUGAGGAUUGUGUGUCAACCUGCAGGACUCCCAGACAAGAUGACCAUCGAGAUGUACCCCAGUGACCAAGUGGCAGACCUGAGGGCAGAGGUCACGCACUGGUACGAGAACCUUCAGAAGGAGCAAUUGAACCAACAGCCUCAGCUCCAGGAGUUUGGGCAGAGCGCGAGACAGGGGGCUGGAGAUUUUCCAGGGGGGCUAAUGGGGCCGGUCAGAAUGAUCUCCUCUGGACAUGAGCUCACCACAGACUACGAUGAGAAAACACUGCAUGAACUCGGGUUUAAAGACAUGCAGAUGGUGUUUGUGUCCUUGGGCGCCCCCAGGAGGGAGAGGAAGGGUGAGGGGGUACAACUGCCUGCGUCAUGUCUACCUCCUCCUCAGAAAGAACACAUCCCAAUGCUACUGCUGCUACAGGAGCCUCACCUCACGUCACUGUUUGAGCUGUUAGAGAUGUUGGCCUCCUUUAAACCGCCAAGCCCCCAUGCAGACAAGGCCCAGGAGAGCACAGAGAGCACUCGCUGUGAGGAGCUGCACUUUCACGCAGAGAAUCUCUCUCGUCGGGUUUGGGAGCUGCUGAUGCUUCUGCCCACAUGUCCCAAAAUGCUCCAGGCAUUUCAGAACAUCUCAGACGAACCGACGGAGGAGGGUCUGUGUUGGAAGGAGCUGCUCAGGAUUAAGAGUCCUCACAAACUGCUGUAUGCUUUGGAGAUCAUUGAGGCUCUGGGCAAACCCAACAGGCGAAUUCACAGAGAGUCUACCGGAAGUUACAGUGACCUGUACCCAGACUCUGAUGACUCCAGUGAAGAUCAGAUUGAGAACAGCAAAAACUCCUGGAGCUGCAAGUUUGUUUCAUCUGGAGGUCUUCAGCUGCUUUUGGAAAUCUUUAACUCUGGGAUUUUAGAGCCGAAAGACCAGGAAUCAUGGACAGUGUGGUUGCUGGACUGCCUGGCCUGCUUGUUGAAGCUCAUCUGUCAGUUUGCUGUGGAUCCGCCAGACCUGGACUUGGCCUAUCACGAUGUGUUUUCCUGGUCCGGACUAAACGAGAGCCAGAGGAAGAGGGCGUGGCCGGGGAAGUCCAGGAAGUCCACAGUGGAGCAUGGCAAAGGACUACACAUCCCACGACUCACAGAGGUUUUUCUGAGCCUGGUUCAGGGCACAUCUCUGAUCCAACGUUUGAUAAAUGUGGCCUACACCUAUGACAACCUCGCACACAGAGUUCUGAAGGCUCAGUCCGACCACCGAUCACGCCAUGAAGUGACUCAUUACUCUAUGUGGUUGCUGGUCAGUUGGGCUCACUGCUCCUCUUCAGUAAAGUCCAGUUUGGCCGAUAGUGAACACCUCCAUGACUGGCUCAAGAAGCUCACCCUGCUCAUCCCAGAGCCUGCAGUUCGUCAUGAAGCCUGUAACGGCCUGUAUAAGCUCUCUCUGUGCGGCCUGGAGGGAGGAGAGUCCAUAAACCGCUCCUUUCUGCUGCUCGCUGCGUCCACUCUGCUCAAAUUCCUGUCAGAUGCUCAGGCGCUCAAACCGCUCCGGGCGGAGGAUUACGAGGAGGAGCCUCUGCUGAGGACCGGCUGUAAAGAAUACUUCUGGCUCCUGUGUAAACUCAUCGACAACAUCCAUGUGAAGGAUGCCAGCCAGAAGCUCUCUCUGUCGAUGGCUCCGCUGCAGACCACCCUCCUGGACCUGGACGCUCUGGCACGACACCUGGCUGACUGCAUCCGGAGCCGUGAGAUUUUGGACCAGCAGGACGGCACCAUAGAAGAUGAUGGACUGACUGGUUUACUACGCUUAGCCACCAGUGUUUUGAAGCACAAGCCUCCCUUUAAAUUUUCUCGUGAGGGUCAAGAGUUCCUUCGUGAUGUAUACAACCUCCUGUUCCUUCUGCCGAGCCUGUCUGACCGCUCGCAGCCCAAAUGCAAGUCCCACUCUGCCCGAGCCGCAGCCUACGACCUCCUGGUGGAAACGGUCAAAGGAUCUGUCGACAACUACAGACUGCUUCAUAACUGGGUCAUGGCUCAGCAUAUGCAGACAUCCCAUGCUCCAUAUAAGUGGGACUACUGGCCUCAUGAUGAUGUCCGAGCCGAAUGUCGCUUUGUGGGCCUCACAAACCUGGGAGCUACCUGCUACUUAGCCUCCACCAUCCAACAGCUGUACAUGAUCCCAGAGGCCAGACAGGCUGUAUUCACUGCUAAGUACGCAGAAGACAUCAAGCAUAAGACGACUCUGCUGGAGCUGCAGAAGAUGUUCACAUACCUCAUGGAGAGUGAGAGGAAGGCAUAUAAUCCACGUCCGUUCUGUAAAACCUACACAAUGGACAAACAGCCUCUGAACACUGGAGAACAGAAAGACAUGACAGAGUUCUUCACUGACCUCAUCACCAAAAUCGAAGAGAUGUCUCAGGACCUGAAAAACACAGUGAAGACCUUGUUUGGAGGUGUCAUCACCAACAAUGUAGUUUCUCUGGACUGUGACCAUGUGAGUCAAACUGCAGAGGAGUUCUACACCGUCCGGUGCCAAGUGGCCGAUAUGAAGAACAUUUAUGAGUCUCUGGAUGAAGUGACCAUCAAAGACACUCUAGAGGGAGACAACAUGUACACAUGCUCCCAGUGUGGCAAGAAGGUCCGAGCUGAGAAGAGGGCCUGUUUUAAGAAGCUCCCUCGGAUCCUGAGCUUUAACACAAUGCGUUACACCUUUAACAUGGUGACGAUGAUGAAGGAGAAAGUCAACACCCACUUCUCAUUUCCUCUGAGACUCGACAUGACGCCGUACACAGAGGAUGUGCUCAUGGGAAAAGGCGACCGCAAAGAAGGUUUCCGUGAUGAAGGGGAAGGGUCAAAGGGCUCAAAGGUCACAGAGAGUUAUGAGUAUGACCUCAUCGGGGUCACAGUUCACACGGGAACAGCAGACGGUGGCCAUUACUACAGCUUCAUCAGAGACAUCAUCAACCCGCACGCCUACAAGAACAACAAGUGGUAUUUAUUCAAUGAUGCGGAGGUGAAACCUUUUGACUCUGCACAGCUUGCCUCUGAGUGUUUUGGAGGAGAAAUGACGACCAAAACCUACGACUCUGUGACCGACAAGUUCAUGGAUUUCUCAUUUGAAAAAACCCACAGUGCCUACAUGCUGUUCUAUAAGAGAGUGGAGCUGGAGGAAGAUAAUGGAAAAGACUUCAGCUUUGAUGUGUCUCCAGAUCUACUUGAGUGGAUCUGGCACGACAACAUGCAGUUUCUCCAGGACAAAAAUAUCUUCGAGCACACCUACUUUGGCUUCAUGUGGCAGCUCUGCAGCAGCAUCCCAAGCACUUUACCAGACCCAAAGUCUGUCUCUCUCAUGACUGCGAAGUUGAGCACCUCAUUUGUACUUGAAACCUUCAUUCACUCCAAGGAGAAGCCCACGAUGCUGCAGUGGAUUGAACUCCUGACCAAACAGUUCAACAACAGCCAGGCCGCUUGUGAGUGGUUUUUGGAUCGGAUGGCAGACGAUAACUGGUGGCCAAUGCAGAUCUUAAUUAAAUGUCCCAAUCAAAUUGUCAGACAGAUGUUCCAGAGAUUGUGUAUUCAUGUAAUCCAGAGAUUGAGGCCUGUUCACGCUCAUCUUUAUCUGCAGCCAGGAAUGGAGGAUGGUUCAGACGACAUGGAUGGUCCAGUGGAGGACAUCGGGAGCCGCUCCUGUGUCACACGCUUCGUUAAAACUCUGCUGUCAAUCAUGGAGCACGGGGUCAAACCGCACAGCAAACACCUCACUGAAUACUUUGCUUUUCUCUAUGAGUUCGCCAAGAUGGGGGAGGAGGAGAGCCAGUUUUUGUUGUCACUUCAAGCCAUUUCCAUCAUGGUGCAUUUCUACAUGGGAACCAAAGGCCCAGAAAACCCACAGGUGGAGGUUCUGUCCGAGGAGGAGGCCGAAGAGGAGGAUGAGGAGGAGGACAUCCUGUCUUUGGCGGAAGAGAAGUAUCGACCUGCAGCUCUGGAGAAAAUGAUCGCUCUCAUCGCUCUGUUAGUGGAGCAGUCCAGAUCUGAGAGACACCUGACCCUAUCCCAGAGCGACAUGGCAGCACUCACUGGAGGAAAAGGAUUCCCAUUCCUGUUUCAGCACAUCCGAGAUGGGAUCAACAUCCGACAGACCUGUAACCUGAUCUUCAGCCUGUGCCGCUACAACAACCGCCUUGCAGAACACAUUGUGUCGAUGCUGUUCACGUCUAUAGCCAAGUUAACUCCUGAGGCGGCCAACCCAUUUUUUAAGCUGCUGACGAUGCUGAUGGAGUUUGCAGGCGGACCUCCAGGGAUGCCCUCCUUUGCCUCCUACAUCCUACAGAGAAUCUGGGAGGUGAUCGAGUAUAACCCGUCCCAGUGUCUGGACUGGCUCGCAGUUCAAACCCCGAGGAACAAACUGGCUCACAGCUGGGUACUACAGAACAUGGAGAACUGGGUAGAACGCUUCCUACUGGCCCACAACUACCCUCGAGUGCGAGCAUCGGCAGCAUACCUCUUGGUCUCCCUCAUCCCCAGUAACUCGUUCCGUCAGAUGUUCCGUUCAACGCGCUCUCUGCACUUACCGACUCGAGAGCUCCCCCUGUCUCCAGACACCACAGUGGUAUUGCACCAGGUGUAUAACCUUCUGCUGGGACUUCUGGGUCGUGCCAAACUCUAUGUUGACGCCAGUGUCCACGGAACCACCAAAUUGGUCCAGUACUUCAGCUUCAUGACCUACUGCCUCAUCUCCAAGACUGAGAAACUUAUGUUCUCCGGGUACUUCAUGGACCUCUGGAACCUAUUUCAGCCCAAACUAUCGGAGCCCGCCAUCGCCACAAACCAUAACAAACAGGCCCUGCUCUCCUUCUGGUACAACGUGUGUGUGGACUGCCCCGAGAACGUGAGACUGGUAGUGCAAAACCCGGUGGUCACCAAAAACAUUGCGUUUAACUACAUCCUCGCUGACCACGAUGAUCAGGAGGUGGUGCUGUUUAACCGUGGGAUGCUGCCGGCAUAUUACGGGAUCCUACGUUUGUGCUGCGAAGCCUCUCCAGCGUUCACCCGAGCGCUGGCGUCGCAUCAAAACAUCCAAUGGGCCUUCAAGAACCUCACCCCCCAUGCCAGCCAGUACCCCGGGGCGGUGGAGGAGCUGUUCAGCCUGAUGCAGUUGUUUGUGGCUCAGAGGCCGGACAUGAGGGAAGAGGAGCUGGAGGACAUUAAACAGUUUAAGAAAACCACCAUCAGCUGCUACUUGCGCUGUCUGGAUGGACGAUCCUGCUGGACCACGCUCAUCAGUGCCUUUAGAGUUUUACUGGAGAACGACGAAGACAGACUUCUUGUGGUGUUUAACAGAGGACUCAUCCUCAUGACCGAGUCAUUUAACACGCUCCACAUGAUGUACCAUGAGGCCACAGCGUGUCAUGUGACUGGAGACCUGGUGGAGCUGCUGUCCAUCUUCCUCUCAGUGCUUAAGUCCACCAGGCCAUAUCUGCAGAGGAAAGAUGUGAAGCAGGCUCUAAUCCAGUGGCAGGAGAGAAUCGACUUCGCUCACAAAUUGUUGACUCUGCUCAACUCUUACAGCCCCCCAGAGCUCAGAAAUGCCUGUUUAGAUGUGCUCAAGGAGCUGGUGUUACUGAGUCCUCAUGAUUUCCUCCACACUCUGGUCCCAUUUCUCCAGCACAACCACUGCACCUAUCACCAUAGCAACAUCCCCAUGUCCUUUGGGCCGUACUUACCGUGUCGAGAGAACAUUAAACUGAUGGGAGCCAAAAACAACAUCCGCCCUCCCAGACCUGAGCUCAACAUGUGUCUGCUGCCCUCUAUGGUCGAGAGCAGCAAGGGCAAAGACGAGGUGUACGACCGCAUGCUGCUGGACUAUUUCCUCUCCUAUCAUCAGUUUAUUCACCUGCUCUGUCGCGUUGCCAUCAACUGUGAGAAGUUCACAGACACCCUUGUCAAACUUAGUGUGCUGAUUGCGUAUGAAGGGCUGCCUCUGCACCUCACUCUGUUUCCCAAACUCUGGACUGAGCUCUGUCAGUCUCAGACAGCCCUGUCUAAAUCCUGUGUGAAGCUGCUCUGUGAGGACCCUGCCUUCAGUGAAUACAUGAAGUGUAUUGUGAUGGAUGAGCGUUCCUUUGUGAAUCUGGGUCCUGCCUUUUCCUUCCUGUCCUGCUUCAUGCCCAAAGUCCAGGUCCUUUCUGCCCCAGGACGCUCCAAUCUGAUCAGUGUGCUGGUCACCAACCUCCUAAAUGAAGAGAGCAGCCUGCAACCACAGCUGUGCAGCCACAAGGUGGAGCUGCACAAGAGCUGCAGCCUGCUCAAUGCGGACCUCCGGGUUCUCCUGCUCCUCCUCUCCUCUCAGCCUCAGGCCUCUGACUCCGCCCUUGGGCCUGCCCUUGGCCCCGCCCUCUCAGAGCUGCUAGGACGAUGUCGUCUCUGUGUGCAACAGCACAGUGCCAUGGAAACUGAGGCACAGUGCAACAAAGUUGAGGAUGAUGGUGCAACUCCCGUGAAGCGACGCAGAGUGAGUGGAGAUGUCGCCCCUUCCACUUCAUCUGCUCCUGUCUGUGACCCCAAACCCGACCCCCAUGAUCCCCAUGACCCCUCCUCCGACACGGAAACACGGGACUCCUCUUCUAUCAUCGACCCGGGCAGCGAACAUGAUCCGCCCUCCCCUCCAGCACCCCCUGCAGUUCAACCAGACCACGCAACAACGAAAGACUCCAAACCAGACACUUCCUCUUCCUCGUUACCCUCUACUUCCUGUUUGGAGGCAGGACUAACACAGGAAGCAGAUGAGCCGCACAGCAGUCAUGUGACCGAGCGGAAACAGGAACAGGAAGUAGUGGAGGACCAAAUAUGUGCCUCAAAAGACGAAACAAAGCCAGAACCGGAGGCGAAAAGUUCGGAAGAAGUGGUUUUCCCGUCUUGCCUUGAGGGAAUGCCGUUCGCUCCCGACAUGUUGGACACUUUGUACAGGACAGUGGAGGCUGCCGUCGCUGUGGUGAACAAACUCACGCCCAAAAGCCCGCCUUCGUCGUCAUGACAACGCAGCAUCGAACCACCAACUCCGGCUGUUUUUGUACACAUCUGCUAUUCUGCUCUGUCAAACCGGCCUGCUCCGCUCCAUGUUCACGCCACAAUUCCUGAAAAUCAGAAAAUGUAAGAAAACUAAAUAUGACUGGGCAAUAUGGCAAUGGAGCUCAACACUCCCGCCCACUUCGAACUCCGCUCUGGUUCUGGAAGGAAAUUUUCCAUUCAUUUUUCCGAUCGUGGAGGUCAGCUUUGUGCUAAAUAAUAUCAAUAAUGUGGUUGUUUUAAGUCCAAAAAACUCACUUAAAACACAAGAUUCUGUGAAAUGUUUUAAUAUCUUAGUGGUUUAUAAAGUUUCAGAAACAGAUUUUAAAUAAAAUUCUAGGUCAAAUUUUUUUCAGAAAGUCUAUGGGAAAAAUGAAUGGGAAACAUACUUGGAGAACGGGGAGGGAGGGCACUGACCGUUGAGCUUUAGUUACCUCUUAAAUAACUGCAUAGAAGAUAUGAAGAAAACAUGAAUCACGAUCAAAUCAAAAUUGUGAUCUGGUUCUAAGCAAACUGUGAUACGAUACUUUUAAAAAAACACUAUUUCACCAUGGCAAGAACGCUACAAAAAUGAAACUUAUGAAGAAAUAUAAGAUGCGUUAGUGUUUUCAUCCAAAUAUUGUAAGUUGAAUUGAAAAUAAAAAUUUUAAGUAGAUACUCCUAAAUUUAAAUACUUUUGAUCAACAUGAAAUAAUACUUUUUUUUCUUUUUAUUCAAGUUCAGUAUUCAAAAGUUGAGCCUGUAUCCAAAACAUGUUUUUUUCAGUAUUUACAACUCGUUAGGACAUGGGCAUUGUGCUAGUAUACUACAGGAUUAGAUUAACUGAAGUUACGUUUGGAAACUGUUAUUGUGGCGUGAACAUGGCUUCAGUUCUUCAUAAAAAAAAAAGGUCUAAAAAGGUCUAAAAUUCUGCGAUAUUUUUCUGUUUUUUACUAAUGUGUUGCUUUUAUUUUCGAGUGCCGUGCGGGAAAGGUUUACACUUGUUAUUAUUUAAUUUUAUUUGUUUUUACGCUGUAUAGAAAUAGUCCUGUGCCAGUUUUGUACCCAGCGCUUGAGGCAAGACAUUGAAUUUUUUUGCCUUGAAUUUUUGACGCAAGUUUUAUGGACGAUUUGUUUCAUCCUAUUUUGAAUUUUAAAUGGCGCUAAAUUUCUGACUUUGAAUUUUUCAACUCUGAAAAAACAUAUUUGAAUUGUUUUCAUUCUGAAUUUUAAUUGUUGAAUUUUUAAGUAUACAUUUUCAAGGCCUCAAAAUUAACAGUCAAAAUUCAGAGUGAAACAUUUGCAGCAAAGAUCCAAGUUGUCAAGACAUAAGCAAUCGGUUAUGUUUGACCGAGGGAGGACAGAGGCUGUUUUCUAUUUGCCUGUUUCUGCUGUGGGCGGGGAUUAUAGUUAAGGAAUCAAAGAAAUUAUGUUUUGAUUAUGCUAAUUCUUAAAUCAGGUUGGUUCCUUACAGCAUUUCCUGUUCGUUACUAAAUUAGGUUGAUUCACUUAGAAUCGAUUGCUUAUGUCUUGGCAUCUUUAAAAUUUUUUCACUUCAGGUUUACACCUAUGUGCUGAAGUUUUAAAUGUAUUCUUAAAAUUUCAUGAACUAAAAUUCAUAAUAAAGCAAUUCAGACAUGUUUUUUCAGAGUUAAAAAAUUCAAAGUUACAAAUUCAGCCGUAUUUAAAACUCCAAAUCUGAUGUAAUUAUCUUCCAUAAGUUUACUGUAAAAACACAAACAAAAGAACCACGUUUAAACUUGAUUCUGUAAAGAGUCUAUGCCUGAAGCUGUACAUGGAACUAUGAUAUAAAUAUAUAGAUAUAAAUACAUUUAUAUGAGAGUCUAUUUGAUUCUAUGAAGCGGUGCCGUGUGUGUGGAACAAACCGCCAUGUUGGACCAGUCAGACGCUAUUUUCUUUACUGUGGAUUUCUGCUUCUUAUGAUUUUGUUUAAUUUUAAAAGAUGAUAAAUUAAUAAAAGUUUUAAUAUGGACAAAUGAAAACUGGA